AUGUCAACUCCCAUGGCGUUGCGCUCUCCCGCUCGUCUAACGCGUCACGCCAGCCUCUGGAUCACCCGAUCAUUUGCGACGCGGCAACCUCCUCCGUUCCCUACAGUGUCGUCUUGUCCAUCUCCAACAUGUGGGUGCGCUGCUACGCCUGCCAUGCCUGAGGGUUUAGACAUUGAUCUCAAGAGUAACUUGAAUGGAGUGAUUUCGGGGUAUGCGGAACAAGUGCUCGUUUGUACGGGCCGUGAUGACUGGACGUCGAGGAUAGAGGGUGAGUGUGACGGGGAUAAUUUGGCGGCUGAUUUGAAGGAAUUGUUUGGUAGGGGAGGGAGGUAUAGUGACCCCUUCCACAACAUAUCCGUCAUCAACUCCUCCUUCCCAUCAUCCAUACCUCCUCGCUCCGAACUUCAUUCCACAUCAGCCUACCUCCUGCCCUCAUUCAAGUACAUCCCCUUCCUGCCCCGGAUCUCCUUUGACAGCGUCGAAGCCCUCGCAAAGGGGUUCUUGCUCCCGGAGAAGCUGCACUCUGCCCACGAUGGCCUGUCCCCCGUCCACCGGGACAGACUGACGCGCAAAGAGGCAUACCAGGGCCUGUUGCCGGGCGUCCAAGACGUCAAGGAUGUGCUGGUUCUCAUCUGCGGUCAUGGGGGACGAGACGCCAGAUGCGGCAUCAUGGGGCCGGUCUUGAGGGACGAGUUUGAACAGAAACUUGCACUACGGGACUUCAACGUCGUCGCUGCCCCGGUGGAGGUGAAUCUCGCCAUUGAAAAUACAGAGAGGAUAGGGGGUACCGUUCCAGGGAAAAGCAUCGCUAGAGUGGGAUUGAUCAGCCAUAUUGGAGGACACAAAUUUGCCGGAAACGUGAUUGUCAUGGCAGCGCCACUCCGCACUAUCUUGCGGCCCUCUUGCAAAUGGGCACCGAAAUACAGCUCCAGUCAACCAUGCGCCUCAAUAUCGCGAAAACCCAAACGCUUCCUUUGCACCACUCACACGCACAAGGAAGCUCGUGCAUUUCCAUCCAUUUUCAUCGCCAUCAGUCUCAUGGGCGUAGCGACAUACUACGUCCUCACGCCGACGAGCCACAAAACCCUCAAUAGCGAUUCAUUCAUCCCCUACACCAUCACCUCUCGCCAGCCCAUCUCCCCCACCUCGGUCAUCUUCACCAUUUCGCCGCACCAACAUGACCCUUCGCUGCCAUACUUGCUCCCCAACUCAAAGGAGUGGAAGUAUCCCCUUUGGUCAGUCGAGUUCAAGCAGCCCGAGGUCCAAAUCGCCCGGCACUACACUCCUCUGCCGCCAGCAGACGGGGAAAACACCCAAGACGGCACCCUCCGUUUCUACAUUCGCGCUGUAGGAGGUGGAGAAAUGUCUAAUUAUCUAAAUAGGCUCGGUGUAGGGCGGGACGUCUUCCUCCGAGGGCCGCACACGGGGUUUGAUGUUUUGAAAAGGCUAGGAGAGCAGAAGAAUGUGGUGUUCCUUGCGGGGGGCACCGGUGUAGUUCCCGGUAUGCAGGUUGCCAAGGCCGUUUUGGAGAGAGACACCACCGCAAGCGUAGAGUUGCUAUGGGCCGUGCGGAAAAGGGAAGAGCUGCAACGAUGUUGUCAAAGCGGUUCUGCAAGGCCGUGGUGGAACUUUUGGAGCGCCGCGGCGCCGACUGAGUUGACGGCCGAGGUGGAAGAACCGAGUGCAAUGGGGAAACAGCUCGCGCAGAUGAAGGCCAAGUACGGCGAACGACUUGCGGUCCGCGUGGCCGUGGACGAGGAACGCACACACUUCACAGAAAGAGACAUUGGAGACGCUCUGGCUAGUGGUGGGCGUACACUGCCUGGUCCAGGAUGCCAACUCCACGACCAACGCCUCCAUGUACGAGCGUCUGAGUUUGAAGAUGCCGGUACCAAGUGUCAGUGUUCUCCUGCCGAUAAGCCCGGAAAGAAUCUGCUCAUGGUUUCCGGCCCAGAUGGGUUCAUUGCACAUUACGCUGGACAUAAGAAAUGGAUCGGGGGAACACUGACGCAGGGGACAGUAGGCGGUGUUGCCGGUGUGUUGCAGAAGAAGAAUCCUGUUUUGGCAAACGAUUGGCUUGUUUUGAAGCUGUGA